AUGGCUUGGUCCAAAAGCGAAAUUGCGUGCAUGGUGCUCGCAGGCCCCAUCAUCGGCCCCAUCUAUGUCGUUUGUUGGAUUGCCAUGAGAUCCAAGGAUCUUGCAGAGGCGACUUUAACUUACCUCUUCUAUUCAGCCUGGGGAGACCUCAUUCACUUCAUCGCCACAUUUUGGAUUCGGGUUGGUCCUCAGAGGAAAUCGAGCAACGAGAUCCUUCGGAAGCAAAAUGCUGAGGUAUUCGCACCUCUGUUCCCGGGUGAGACAAGACUGUUGAAACUAUUCCCUCGUCAACAUUGGCCAGACUCGGGUAUUCACUGCGAGCUAGUCUCAGUACCGAGACGAGAGCUCCAGUACGAAGUCCUUUCUUAUGACUCCCGAGACAAGGAGUUGUGUCGCACUAUCAAGGUCGACGGCCAUCAUGUCAUGGUCACAGAUCAUCUCUACAUGGCCUUGCAACACCUCCAGACCAACGACACACGCAACCUAUGGAUCGAAGACUUAUCCACUGAUAGGCUUAUUAUUACAAGAAAAAGCAAUGAACAGCAUAGGGAGUCUAUCCUCAGAGAGGCCUUCCAAGUCGUUAUUUGGCUCGGCGCCGCGCCGAGGAAACUAAAACGCCUUAUCCCCCUAUUCGACGAGUCACCCGGCGUCUCUUUCGAAGAUGACUCGGGAUCUACGGCACACAUCUUUUCAGAACUCCUCACACGUCCUUGGUGGAAUCGCCUAUGGUCAGUGCAAGAACUCGCCUUGCCACCAAAGGUCAUUGUCCAGUGUGGCCGACAUCGCAUCCCCUGGGCCAACUUUGCCCAAACGAUCGAGCUCUCAUAUAUCGAUUCCAAUCACUCGACUGAAACUUCCCGCGCGAAGACCAUGGCUCUUGCACGCACCAAGUACCAGUCAGAAAUCACUUACGAAUAUGGCCUUUUAAACCUGGCUUGGGAAUUUCGCAACAGCCGGGUGGACGACAAUCGAGAUAAACUCUUUGCUUUGCUGGGGCUAUUACCCGAAGAGGAGCAAAUUAUCAAAGUCGAUUAUUCCAAGAACUUCAAUCAAGUUUACAUAGAAUUUGCUCAGGCUUGGAUUAAUCAUUACGGGAGUCUGUUGAUCCUUAACCUAACCCAGCGACAACUGAGAGGACAACACUCCACAUGGUAUCCAAGAUGGUCUGAGCCCUUCGGAGACUACCCUCAGUUCUUUUGCGGCUCCACUUUCAGUUUACACUCUCAUAAUUUCUGGGAAGGCAAAUUCUCUGCUGAUGGAGGUCGCCGCGCUCCUAACUGCAUUCAUCCCAAGAGUGGACGCUUGCUACGGCUGCAAGGAUUUUCUCAUGAUACCAUCGCUGCGGUAGCACCCUCUGCGUAUGAGCCUCAAGGCGGAACUCAUACGGACUGGGAGGAUUGCAGAAGGUCAUGGCGGGAGUUUACUAAAACUUGGUCACCGGAUGACCGAGAAGGAAUCAGUCAAGAGUUCUGGCUUGCUAUAACGGCCGGUCUGGUUGAUUCAGAAUCUGGCACUAUCAACUAUGAAUCAGUCCAGCGGGCAACUUGCGAGCAACGGCGGCUCUUUAUGACGCAGAACGGUCAACUCGGCGUUGGUCCAAGUGCGGUGACUCCAGGAGAUAGGGUCUGCGUCGUCUUUGGAUCGCCAGUCCCUUUUGUACUUUCCGAGUGCGCGACCUGCAACGACGACACAGGCGACAAUCAUGGCUUGGGCCUCGUGUCUUCUCAAACCUGGCGAUAUGUGGGCGAUGCAUAUGUGCAUAGCAUUAUGCACUAUGCGGGAGAUGUCGACGAUGAUGUUAAAGCGGGAAGGCUAUAUGUUGAAGAUUUCUUGUUGUGUGGAUAA